CUAGAGCUUGUACAGUAUAAUCUGUAAAUUACUAAUUAUUACAAUCUUCUUUAAUCGUUCCGAAAGGCUUAAAUACAUGGUCAUAUUCUCGAGCCAAUGUAUAGUGUAGAUUCUCAGAUAAUUUCUUGCAGCCAAAUUUUGAAGAGGUCGUCCCCGACUCAAAUAAUGAAAUAGUUUUGAGCUAAUAGUUAUUACAGACUACAGUACUUACAACUAAUCACAAUUCUCCUAUGCAGCAUGCCUUAUGAUUCUAUAGAAGAUGGGUUGGAUACUAUUUCGAAGAUUCUCCGUUCUGAAUCUCCUAUUGAAAGUUCACUUAUAGAAGAGUUACAAUUUCUUGCAUCACUCAUUAAUGCUACAAGCACAAGCAGUGGAUCCGAUGAUCAUCUCACAUGGAAUUAUUUGGAAGAAAUUAUCAGUCACACAUAUCUUAAUGAUGAAACUAUGAGAGUACGGUUAUACCGAGCAGUUCUUGUAUUGACCAGAAAUAUUAUUAUCCACGAACCAUCUGAUGUGAAAAUAGUCUCCAGUACGAUGACUAAUCUUGAAAAGUUCGCUACAGUAGUAUCUCCAUCUCAUGAAUUUUAUGGUAAAACUAUAGAAAUAUAUAUUCAAAUAUUGGCUAACAUUCAGAAUCUUGAAUUAAGUGAUACUCUUAUAAAUUAUUUGAAUGAUAAAAUUAUACCGAUCAUUUCCUAUCAAGAUGCUUACAUUCAUCCAACUAUCACAUUUUUAAGUCAUGCUUUCUCUUCGAAAUCCGAUGACGAGACUCAUCAUAAUGAACAAAUAUAUGCCUUGUUACAAGUUCCAUAUGGCUCAAACAAUAUCAUGAGAUAUCUUGAAUCAAGUUUCUUCAAGGUAAAUCCAUUAGAUGGUAGUAAUGGUCAUGACCAUUCAGCGUAUGACCAUAUACUUUAUAAGUUACUCAUUGAAAUCAUAACUCACGAAAGCUUCACAAAAUGGAUUACUAGUGAAACUAUUGGAGAAGAAGGAUUUAUUGAAUGGCUAAAAAUCAACCAAUUAUUACUCACGGCCGAAAGUAACUGGAAUAAUUAUCAAUUAACAGCGACUCUUUCUUGGGUCAUUAAGGCAUUUCAAACUUAUACUCCACUAACUAUUGAAACUAUUGAGGGUAUGAAAACUAAUCAGGAUAAUGUCAAUAUGAUAGAUGGUAAGCAUGAACAGUUAAUAAUUAUUAUACUCGAUAUAAUAAGUGAUUUGAGCAAGUAUCAUCAAGCUCAAAAGAUGUUGAUCCAUUAUAAUCUUCUUGAACCAUUAGUUAAACUAUUCCGUUCAAUCCACCAGAAUUUCCAAGCCAUAACAUUGAAGUCAAAUACAACUAGUGAUCUGAGAAUAAAGAGUCCAUUUCCAGAUGCUAAAUCAAUCAUUAUAGAGAUUAUAUCAUAUUUAGCAUAUGAAAACUUUGAAGUACAGGAAACUAUACGUCAACUUCAUGGAUUAGAAUUAGUGCUAUCUAACUGUAUAAUAGAUGAUGCCAAUCCCUAUAUUCGAGAACGAGCCAUUAUUUGCUUAAAAUAUUUGCUAGCUAAUAAUUCCGAGAAUCAGAAAUUUGUAGCAGCGUUAGAGGCUCAAGGUACAAAUCGAGCCAAUGAAGAAAUCAUUGAAAAGGCUGGUUAUGAAUUGGAGUUUGUCGAUGGUAAAGUACAAUUAAAGCAGAAGCCAUCUACUUAAUUUAUAAGCAUGACCAAGUGAUUAACAUAUUUUAGUUUAUUA